GCGGGGAGCCGCCGGAGGCAGGGCCAGGGAAACCUGCUGCCGGGCUGAACCGCUGGAGCCGGCACGGAGCAGCGAAGGGAUGGACGUGGUAGUACCAUGAUAGUGACUGUCACAGCCAGUGCCAGGGAGAGUCCUGACCAAAACCCCUGUUUUGCAGGAGUCCACCUUGCCUGUGGCACACUGAGACAUGAAGGUGUGACUGAUUUCAGAGCCCUCCGAGCAAAAUUUCAAAAUGACUCCAACUUUGCCAAGAAGCUGAUGCAGCCAUACAAGAAGCCUCCUGCUGAAAUCCCUCCCAAGCCAGGCUCUGGAGGUAACUCUGUGUCCAGCCCUCUGCCCCUGAGUAAGAGAGAAGCGAUAAUACUAAAUGCCAAGGACGAACCUGCCCAUCCUGCUGCCCAGCCCUCAGUGCUCGCCCAAUGCAACCCCUUGGCAUGGCCUCGAGCCAAGCUGGGUUGUGUGGAGCCGACAGGGCACAACAAAGAGCACAAAGGCAAUGUCUCGGAGAAAGGGCUGAGUUCUCAAAAGAAUAGUCCAGAGAAGCCACCGCCAUCCUAUUGCACUGAUCAGCAAGAAUCAACCCAAACAGCUCCAGAGGGCUCUCCUCUCUCAAAUUCUUUCCACCAUGCCCUACAGAUCUGGGAAAGUACUUUAUCCGGCAGCAGGAAAGCAAGUGCAAUGCUCCCAACGCAACGGGCAGCAAACUUGUACGUACACCCCUGCCCAGAGCAGAGGGUAACGUGUGCUCCAGCUGCAUCAGGCAGCAGCAGGAUGCGACCGUCUGGAAGUGAGCCCGUGAUGGACUUGCCUGCCCAGAAGAAGGGCACCCUGCACAGCAGCAGGCCAGCUCUUCCCCCGGCUCGCAGAGGACACAGGAACUCUGAUGAAGCAGGUGCUGCGAGUACAGUGGCAACUGCAUUCUGCCAGCCAGCACUAAGAGAGCAACCUCGGCACCAGAAAGAAUCAGAGACUCCCAUCUGCCAGCCUGGAGCAGGAAAAUGCUCUCACAUCCCUGUGAGCAAGUGGCCAAGAAUUAAACCUCUCCCUUCAGCUGAAUCCCUGGGUCCUGCCCCUGGGAAGCCUGCAAGACCCCCGAAGUUUGAUCUCAGUGCUUUCCGAAGCACCAUGCCUUCAGUCUACAGGAGAAAUGAAAUAACUGCUGACGAAGAGGAUUACUUGACCUUUGAAAGUGCUCAACCUGAAGAGCAGUAUAAUUAUGAAGAAACCCCAACGUACCUGAAUCAGUCUGGGGACACCACAACCUUCUGUGUCAUUGAAGGUACUUUGCAAGCACCUACGGCAGAGCCUCAAGAACACAAGAAACAGAAGACACUUCUCUUUGCCAAAUCCAGUCCUGGAAGAGCUAUAAUAAGGGAUGAAAAAGAGGAAAAACCAAGCCUUGAAAGAGAGAAACAGGAAGCAAAGAAAAUUUUCAAGACAGUUGGAAAUGAAUACAUAUCUUCCAUUAUCCAAAAGAAGGAAGAUGGUAGAGGUGGGAUGAAGGCACUGCAAGUGAAGCAGGAUGUGACCGGUACCCAGACUGCAAAGCAUCCUACCCCACAAAGGCUGGUAAAAGACAGAGCGGAGUUCUUGCACUGCAUGUAUGUUGGUGCUCCAAAGCCAGAGGUAGAAAGAACAGCCUUGAACCAAAACACCUGGCAGCCUCUGCAAGCACUGGAGGAUAUAUAUGAUGAUGUUGAAGAAAUGCAAGGUAGACUCAGCCACAUGUCAGAUGCCUCAAGUCUGUCUGAUUCAGCCAGCAUUUCAGGAAGCAGCUACAAAGAAACAUACGAAGAUGUUGAGAUUGGGGGUGAUAAUUCAGCAAAAAGGCAAACAGAAAAACAGAGAUUUGGAAACUUAAGUAUAGAAAAGUUGAAGCUGAAGAAUACCAGGUUCAAGGAAAACUUAAGAUUGUUUUCCAUUUCAGUACCAAACUUAGCGGCUGUUUCCCAGGAGGACAUGGUGUAUGAUGAUGUUGAAGUGGGGCCGAGAGAGCCAAGAGAGAAGAAGUACAAAAACUGGAUGCCAAAGUUUCUGAUGGUGAGAGAGGAUAAGGACCAAAGGAAAAGCAGCAACAAUGUGGAAAGAAAUAUUUUCAAAGUCAAGAAAAGCAAUGCAGAAAAAAGCAAGAAGAUGGAAAAAGAAGAGAAAUUUUUUAGGGAAACAUUUAUGUAUGACAAAGAGAUCAGUGUCAUCAACACAGCCACUGCUGAGUGCUCGGUUGCCAGUAAGAGGAGAGUUGAUCUCCCAGUCACAGCUGGAGAACAGCUGGACGUUAUUGAUGUCACGGAGGGCAAUGCAGUGAUUUGCCGCAAUUCGGAGGGCAGAUAUGGGUAUGUUCUAGUGGAACAUUUGAACUUCAGACAGUACUAACUGCCCCAAGAGCUGCUAUCCCCCGGAGCAUCCCUGAAGGUCUCUUUUGUGCUUCCUGCAUCCAUGACAGUUGGUCAACUGUGGAGAGCUGAGUGAAUGUAAACAAAGCUUUAUUUUUUACACUUACACUGUUAAAUAUGCAAUAAAUGUGUCUUUUGUCUGCUGUUGAAAGCAUGUCUUCAAUGAUUA